AUGAAACGUGAUCGUGACGAGAUGCGGCGGCAGCACCUGUUCGACGAGGCGAGAAAAGCGUCGCUUGUGUUCCGACGUCAGCUCAGCACAGCUGAGCACAGCGACACCGCACAUUCGACUCAUGACUGGUGUCGGUGGCGAGCCCGAGGGCGAUUUGUUAGCGUCCUCGAAGUUAGUAAUCGGAUCACAUUGUGGAUAGCCAGUCUAACAGCCGACGGAGACGUUCAGAAUUCUACAACGCUCACUUAG